AUGCUCCACGAUAUUAAACGCUACGCGUCGAGCAUCAAGCAGAUCUCGCAGCAUGAUGACGACACAAUCGAUAGACUCAAUUACAAAUUCACAUCAAUGAUUCUCGUGGGCUUCGCGCUAUUGGUGUUCGCCACUAAUUAUGUCGGCCAGCCGAUUCAGUGUUGGGUGCCGCGGCAGUUCACCGAUGUUUGGGAGGCCUACACCGAAUCGUAUUGCUUCAUUGAGAACACCUACUUUGUGCCGAUGAAUGAGUCGAACCUUCCGGCGGCGCAUACGCGCGAAGAUCGCGAGAUGGUCUACUAUCAGUGGGUGCCGUUCAUUCUCCUACUCAUGGCGCUCUUCUUUUGCCUACCGCGCGCGAUUUGGGCGAUAUUUCCGAGCUACAGCGGUCUGACCGUCGCCGACAUGGUGACGUCGGCGCGCGAGGCGUCGGAGAAGUUCGAGGACUUCGAGACGUGCGCCGAGACGUUCGCCAACAACUUCGAGCGCCGCAAUCGAUUGAACGUCGACGCGCGACAAAGCGGCUCGUCGAUCUUCAAUUGGUACAUGGUGAUGAAGGCGGCGAUACUCGCCAACGUCGCCAUUCAGUUUUUCGCGCUCAACGCGUUCCUCGGCACCGAGUACACGUUGUGGGGCUUCGGUGUGCUCGUCGACAUGCUCAACAAUCGGCACUGGCAGGAGAGCGGCCAUUUUCCGCGUGUGGCGUUCUGCGACAUCACCAGCCGCGAGCUCGGCAACAUCCACAAUUGGACGGUGCAGUGUGUGCUGAUGGUGAACAUGUUCAACGAGAAGAUCUUCAUCUUCGUUUGGUUUUGGCUCGCCGCCGUCCUCGGCCUCACCGCCGUCAAUUUCGUCGUGUGGCUUCGCAAUCGCGUCAGCGUGUCGAAUCGCAAACGAUUCAUCGCCGAGCUACUCAAACAGGACGGCAUCGUGCGCGACGAGUUGCGCGAGAAGCGCCUAUACGAGGAGGUCCUUAAAGACGACGGCAUGCUGUUCCUGAGAUUGUUGGACGCCAACAGCGGACGAUUGAGAAGCGAGGAGGUGAUUCGCAAAAUCUACAACGUCACGUUUAAAGUUCAGAUGAAAAUCAACACGCCGCUGUACAGCGGGGACCUCGUGCCCACCUAUGACACCGAUUGGAUCGAUCGUUUGCGCUAUUUUCGAACCGUCAUGUUUCUCGUCGUCGCCGCCGCGUUCAUAAUGACGAAACAGUAUGUCGGCGAGUCGGUGCAAUGCUGGAUACCCGAACAUUUGGCGGGCGGAUGGGAAGCGUACUCGGAAAAAUAUUGCCUCAUCGAGAACACGUAUUUUGUGCCGAUGAACGACACGAAUUUGCCGGCGAAAUCCGAGCGUGAGAAUCGCGAAUUGCGUUACUAUCAGUGGGUUCCAUUCAUUCUUCUCGGUUUGGCGUUGGCGUUAUAUAUUCCGCGUCUCGCCUGGAACCUGAUGGAAUCGCACGCCGGCAUCGACGUCUCGAAAAUGACGGCGCUUUUGAGGCGAUCGGCGACGGCGACGCUCGACGCGCCAACGAUCGCCGCCGACGACGACGGCGUCGCCAAUUUGAGUGUCGUCGAGAAGGCCAUUCAUUUCCCAUUGACGACGUGCUUGUUGACGACGAAGAUUCUCGCCACUUGCGUCAUUUUUGCGUCUCUCGUUUUCAUGGACUAUUUCAUGGGAAUCGGCACGUUCUAUGGGAUGACGACCGCCGUCGAUAUUCUCAGCGGUCGCCAAUGGCAAGAGAGCGGCACGUUUCCGCGCGUGACCUUCUGCGAUGUCGAAGUCCGCGAGCUCGGCAACAUCCACAAUUGGACGUUCCAAUGUGUUCUAAUGGUGAACAUGUUCAACGAGAAGCUCUUCGUCGCCCUCUGGCUGUGGUUCGCGCUGCUCGCGAUUCUAUCAAUCAUCGACAUCUUCGCAUUCGUCAAUCGCUUCUCAACGGGCCAUCAAAUUCAAUUCUUAAGGCAAAUUCUGAGUUGCACGUCAGAUGACGUCGAGCCCGACGACAGCGACAUCGAGGCAUUCAUCAAAAAUGUGCUCACAAUCGACGGCGUCAAUUUUCUGCAUCUCGCCCUAUCGAACGCCACCAUUUUCGAGGUGUCGCUCAUCGUGAAGCCGUUGUGGACGAAAUACUUCAACCAACAUUCAAGUCAUCGAUAA